AUGUCGAAACGAAGCGCAGAUGGAGACCUCGAUGGUCGUGGUCAAGAACAGGCAAACUCAGCCAUCAAGUUGUCCAAGGAUUCAGUCCCAUCCACGAAUCAAACAGCGGAGGGAGAUGACAUGGAUGUGGGAGAAUUUGAAGAUCCAUACGGAGACGAUUUCGAAAGUGAUGAAGAUAUAAUAGAGCUCGACGACGGAGAAGAUGGAGAUGGCGAUGGAGACGGAGACGAAGAAAUGGACGAAGAGCAAGCCAAGAAGAAGAUUGAAGAGUUGGAAAUCAGGGAACAAGAAGAAGAAGAAGCCGAGCCCGAAUCAUCGAUAUACUUACCGCACAGGUCCAAGCCACUUGGUCCAGAUGAGGUGCUUGAGGCCGACCCUUCGGUAUAUGAAAUGUUGCACAAUGUCAACUUGCCAUGGCCAUGUUUGACGGUGGAAAUCUUGCCCGAUAGUUUGGGCUCGGAAAGGCGAAAUUACCCAGCAACGGUCUACUUGGCCACUGCAACUCAAGCGUCUAAAAGCAAAGAUAAUGAACUUAUAGCUAUGAAAGCAUCGAGUCUAGCCAAAACAUUAGUCAAGGAUGAAGAUGAUGACAACGACGAUGACGAUGAUGACGAUGAUGAUGAAGAUAACGAUCCGAUUUUGGAUACAGAGACCGUGCCCUUGAAACACACAACCAAUAGGAUCAGAGUCAGCCCGCAUGCCCAGCAAACGGGAGAGUACCUUACCGCCACCAUGUCCGAGAACGGCGAAGCGUACAUAUUCGACUUGUCAGCGCAGUACCAGGCUUUCGAUACGCCCGGUUUCAUGAUCCCCAAAUCUUCCAAGAGGCCCAUGCACACCAUCAAGGCGCACGGCAAUGUUGAAGGGUACGGCUUAGACUGGUCGCCCUUGAUCAGCACGGGCGCGUUGUUGACUGGUGACAUGUCUGGUAGGAUAUACUUGACCAACAGGACGACGUCGAGUUGGACAACGGACAAGACUCCGUUUGUAGCCUCGACGAGCUCGAUUGAGGAUAUCCAGUGGUCGACGGGGGAGAAUACUGUUUUCGCGACCGCGGGAUGCGACGGGUACGUGAGGAUAUGGGACACGAGAUCGAAGAAGCACAAGCCUGCGAUCUCUGUUGUGGCAUCGAAAUCAGAUGUUAAUGUCAUCAGUUGGUGUGGCAAGAUCAACCAUUUGUUGGCCUCGGGUCACGAUGAUGGAAGCUGGAGCGUGUGGGACUUGAGAAAUUUCACUCAGCCCCAGCCUUCACCAGUGGCGAAAUACGAUUUCCAUCGUGCUCCAAUCACGUCCAUCUCGUUUAAUCCGCUCGACGAGUCGAUUAUCGCGGUGAGCUCCGAAGAUAACACCGUCACGUUGUGGGAUUUGGCGGUUGAAGCCGACGAUGAGGAGAUUUCACAACAACGCCAGGAGUUGAAGGAGUUGCAUGACAUUCCGCCACAGUUGCUCUUUGUGCAUUGGCAGCGUGACGUCAAGGACGUGAGAUGGCACCAACAGAUUCCUGGCUGUUUGGUAUCCACUGGAGGCGACGGUUUGAACAUCUGGAAAACAAUCUCCGUCUAA